AUGCGUAAAGGACUAGAAGGGUCAAAUGCGAUGAGAAAAAGCCAGCGUGCGCGAGGUGUACUACUUCGGGACGAGUUUGUGAGGGAUACUCUGCUCCUGAUAUCAGACGGGUUCCACGGCGCAGACGAGGAUCGCUGCUUUUUCCAAACUUUCAGAUCUGCCACCGAAGUCAGCGGAGCCUUGCACGUAUGCGACUUUCUGCCCUUUUGGAAUCGGGUUGCACCUCAGCUCGGCCAUCAUGAUGAUGCCAUCAAAUAUGCACUCGUGGCACUAGGAGCUACAUACCAUCUGCACAAAACGACUGGAGGACGUGGCAUGGACACACAAGACACAUUCAUUUUGCGCCGAUACGGCAAGGCUCUCUCCGAACUACAAUGUCGCAUCGCUUCUCAAGCACCCGAAAGUGCCUAUGUGGCGCUGAUCUGCUGUCUCAUCUUUAUCUGUCUUGAGAAUCUACGUCUCAAUCACAAGAACGCGAGGGCUCAUCUCAGAAAUGGAAUUUACAUCAUAGAUACUACCGUUAAUCUCCAACAGCUUUUUUAUCCAGACGGGAAGCAGGCUCUCGAGCGAUGCGAACAAGGCCGGAUCUCCCUGCUUUCGGACGCGGAGAUGCGGGGUGUAAUCAACUAUUUUCGCCAUGCAGAGAUUUGUGAGCGGCUCUAUUCACAUGACGCGCCUCUGACACUCGCGACUCGGCUACGGUCCAAGACAAGUUCUUAUGGUGACAGCGAAACGCUCCCUGAAGGAUUCAAGACCCUGUUCGAAGGGUAUCAAGCCAGGGUGGAACUGAACAGCGAUGUGAUGGCCUUGGACUGGGAAAUCAAUGGCCCGCAGGCUGUCACCUCAUCAGUUUGGACUCAACCAAGAAUCAAGCGGGAGCACGAAAGUCUCCGGCAGAGGUCUCAUCUGGUGAGCCAAAGAUACAUGCUCUUCCUCAUGAGCAAGCACGCUCCGGAAAGCGGCUCACGCGAGUAUGCCAGUGCAUGUUUAGACAUGGUGAUCAUCAAGUCCAUGCAGGCGGUGAUCGAGUUGAUGGAUCUACGCGACAAUAUUGAUGUCCGGGACACCCCCUUCUUCCGCGACGUAAUUUUAGGCGGGAUGAUACACUUUGCUGAAUUGCUGCACGAGGCCAUGAACACUGGGAGACACGAAGUCCUCUCCACUCUAGACCUCACGGUUGAGUCCAGUAUCCUCGGUCCGAUCUACCUUGCAUACGUCCAUUCCACGGAUCUUCAGCAGAAGUCGAGGGCACGCAAGAUCCUCAUCGAGACGAGAUCGCGAGGAGGAAAGUGGGACCCGCGGUCCCUGAAAACAAUCGUCGAGAUGAGCAAGGGACCAAAGCACCAGCGGCAUGAACCACGGGGGAGCAUGUUUAUGGCGUUAGGAAGGUCGAGCGGCGACCAGGACUACUAUGGCUUAUUUUCGAGGUUCUGCGACGUGGUCGGGUCGCCGGUAUGGUAG